ACUUAUUUGUCUGUUUUGUUUCUUGACAACCAAUAACACAAGACAAAGAACAGACCAGAGUGUUAAUCUGAUACUAUAAAAACUACAGGCCUUGUGAACAGCAGUGUGUCUUCUUCAAGGCUACAAAUUAAAUCAGUUUCUUUACAUUUAUCAAAACUCUCCCCAAAUGUUCUCAAGGUAGGUUGUAUUAUGAUGUCAUAUGUUCUUCACAUUCUACUGAAUGUAUAUUCCAUAGAACCCUGCCUCCUGACACAAUAUCCUGUAUCUGACAUAGAGCCCAAUGCUGGUUAUCACAAACUAGGCUUGAGUGACAGGAGAAAUCUGAUUGGUCCUGUUUCUUCUGUAUAUAGUGAUGUCGUCUACCACACAGAACUCACCUCUCUGUUUUACACCAUAGACUCAGGAUCACGGUAUUUACAACGUGAGACCCAGGAGAUCAAGCUGAAGAGGGAGGCAUCAGCUGGUGAGCUUGAGUUGAAGAUGUUUAAAGAGAUGAUGAAUCAACUAGAGGAGAAAGACAAACAACUGGAUGAUAUGACCCAGGAAGUGAGAGAGAAAGACACACAACUGGAUGAUAUGACCCAGGAAGUGAGAAAGAAAGAGAGACUCCUGGAGGAGAAGAACCAGAUAAUGGAACAGAGGGAGAAACUAUUAGAAGAGAAAGACAAGCAACUGGAAGAGAAAGACAAGCAACUAAAGGAUAGAGACAUUCAACUAGAGGCUCUGAUAAAGAACCUGCAGGACAAGAACAGCCAAGUAGAGAACUUCAGAGUCCUACUGCAGGAAAAAGACCUUCAACUAGAGGACAGGAACCACAGACUGGGAGAGAAGGACAGACUACUAGAAGAGAGAGUCAAACAACUAAAGGAUAGAGACAUUCAACUAGAGGACAGGAACCACAGACUGGGAGAGAAGGACAGACUACUGGAAGACAGAGACAAAGUACUGGAAGAGAGAGAGAAACUACUGGAAGAGAGAGACAGACUACUGGAGGGAAAAGAAAAUGAACUAAAAGAGAGGAGACAGGAAGUAGAAGAGAGGAGACAGGAAGUAGAAGAGAGGAGACAGGAAGUAGAAGAGAAAGACAACCUACUAGAGGAGAGAGAGAAGCAGUUAAAGGAGAGAGACAAACAGGUGGAGGAUGUCAACAAUGAAAAUGCUGAACUGGCUCAACAGAUAUGUGAUGUGAAGACUGAGGUAGAGAGACUGAGAAGAGAGAUCUCAGCCCAGAUGACUGAACAUGGAGAGACGUCAGAUACAGGUUCCAUACUCCCAGUCAGGAGGAGACACAGCAAGGACCUUCCUACAUACAUGGGAGGAGAGACCUCAGAUACAGACCCCACACUUCCACUGAGGAGGAGAAACAGCAUGGAGUUUAUUCCUCCAGAUAUGGGAGGAGAGAGCAGCAGUCCAGACUCCCCAGUGUCUCCCAGUGUGUCUGAGCUGAGACUGGUGCUGCUGGGGAGGACUGGGGCUGGGAGGAGUGCAGCAGGAAACACCAUCCUGGGCAGAGAGGAGUUUGGGGCCCAGGCCAGCCCCUCUGCAGUGACCCAGAGGAGUAAGAGGAGAGAGGGGGACGUGUGUGGGAGACGGCUGGUGCUGGUGGACACUCCAGACUGGUUCUGUCCUGGACUCUCUCUGGAGGAGAUGAGACACGAUGUGGGGCUCUGUGUCCGUCUGUCUGCCCCGGGACCCCACGCCUUCCUCCUGGUCAUACCAGUGGAGCCCUCUAAGGGGGAGGAGAGAGGGGUGCUGGAGAGAAUAGAGGAGAUGUUUGGGGAGGGUUGUUGGGGACACAUUGUGAUUCUAUUCACCCAUGAUGAUGGCCUGAAAGAGCAGAGCAUUGAGGAGUUUCUCCAAGCAGGAAGUCAGGACCUCCAGCAGCUUGUAGAGAAAAGUGGGAGCAGGUACCACGUCCUCAACAUUAAGGACAGGGCCCAUGGCACUCAGGUAUCAGAGCUGCUGGAUCAGGUAGAGGAGAUGGUGGCAGGAAACAGAGAGAGAUUCUACAGCAGUCAGACCUACCAGGAGGCAGAGGACCAGGUUAGAGAGAUGGAGGGAAACAUCCAGAGAGAGAGAGGAGAGAGGAAACAGAGGGAUGAGAGAGACUUGAGAGAGAGGCUUCAGAAGGAGUUGCAGGACUCUCUUAUAAAGAUAGAGGGAGUGAUCCAGGAACAUGAGGGAGAUAUCAGAACACUCAGUGAAAGAACCAGUGAACUGGAGAGACAGGUGAAAGAAGAGAGGGAUGAGGAGAAGAAAAGAGAGCUGGAGAGGGAGCUGAAGAGGGAGUCUGAUAGGAGGGAGGAGAUGGAGAGAAAGCUGGAGAGAUUUAGAGAGAAGAGAGAGAAUGAGAGGAGGGAGAUGGAGGAGAGACACAGACAGGAGAUAGAGGAGAUGAUGGAGAACUAUGAAGGAGAGGCCAGAGUUGAAGCAGAGAGAAACCUGAUGAAGAUAGUCCUGCCUGAGUUACAGAGGAACAUCAUGAUCUCACAGACAAAGAUGCAGAGGGAGUUCAGCAGACAGAUGGAGGAGAAGGAUAGACAGAUGAAGGAGAAGGAUAGACAGAUGAAGGAGAAGGAUAGAGAGAUGGAGGAGAAGGAUAGAGUGAUUGUGGAAAGGGAUGGAGAGAUAGAGACACUGAUAGAAAGACUGUGGUUAAUGUGUAAAUGAGUUAUUGUAACCAGCCUGAAGAAGUGCUGGGAUACAUGGAGAGGUAGAAGAAGAGAGAGGAAGAAGACAGGGAGAACUGAUGAAGAUCUGAGGAAUGUUUGGGAAUAUGUAACCUAGUUCACCAUUUAACUGAAUUGGCCUGACAACGAGGUUAGAGAUGAGAUGACUUUUUCAUGGAGGGAUUGGAGAAGCUAGAGAUAAUCACAUGAUAUGUAUCUGACAAUGUAAGAACAACCUGAUACUCUGUCCUGUGAUGAGUGUCAUGGUGGGAAAACAGGUCAAAAUACUGUCUGAUCCUGUCUAGAACAACCUGAUACUCUGUCCUGUGAUGAGUGUCAUGGUGGGAAAACAGGUCAGAAUACUGUCUGAUCCUGUCUAGAACAACCUGAUACUCUGUCCUGUGAUGAGUGUCAUGGUGGGAAAACAGGUCAGAAUACUGUCUGAUCCUGUCUAGAACAACCUGAUACUCUGUCCUGUGAUGAGUGUCAUGGUGGGAAAACAGGUCAGAAUACUGUCUGAUCCUGUCUAGAACAACCUGAUACUCUGUCCUGUGAUGAGUGUCAUGGUGGGAAAACAGGUCAGAAUACUGAUCCUGUCUAGAACAACCUGAUACUCUGUCCUGUGAUGAGUGUCAUGGUGAGAAAACAGGUCAGAAUACUGUCUGAUCCUGUCUAGAACAACCUGAUACUCUGUCCUGUGAUGAGUGUCAUGGUGGGAAAACAGGUCAGAAUACUGUCGGAUCCUGUCUAGAACAACCUGAUACUCUGUCCUGUGAUGAGUGUCAUGGUGGGAAAACAGGUCAGAAUACUGUCUGAUCCUGUCUAGAACAACCUGAUACUCUGUCCUGUGAUGAGUGUCAUGGUGGGAAAACAGGUCAGAAUACUGUCUGAUCCUGUCUAGAACAACCUGAUACUCUGUCCUGUGAUGAGUGUCAUGGUGGGAAAACAGGUCAGAAUACUGAUCCUGUCUAGGUCAAAAUCUGUACUUCUGCCCCUGAGCAAGGCAGUUAACCAAAUGAUCUCCGGGCGCCGAAGACGCAGAUGUCGAUUAUGGCAGCCCCCCCCCCUCUCAUUCAGAGGGGUUGGAUUAAAUGCAUAAGACACAUUUCAGUUGAAUAAAUUCAGUUGAAAACGGAUUACGUUUCCCCCCUUUUACACUGUCUAGAGAGAGAGGGAGGGAGGUCUGUAAAGAUAUUGAUGAGAUUUAACACAGAAUUCCAAACCAACGUAGAUUAUUGACCUUUGCACUGCAGCCUUUUAGAAUGGAGAGGGUUGUGGGGGGUCAGGAGGUCAGCGGGCGGAGUCAGAGACUGAGAACUCUAAAGAUCUGAGUGAGACUUUUACUCAGUGUUUGAGGAGGUCUACUAUUGAACAGAGAACCAUACUGUAUCUAACACACACUACUUCCUGUUCUUAUUCAAAUUGUUUCAUGUUGAAACUUUUGUCUCCUACUUUUAUAUUUUCUUGGUUGGUGUUUUGUAUGGUUCCCAAUUAGAGACAGCUGGUAAUCGUUGUCUCUAAUAUGGAAUCAUAUUUAAAUAACAGUUUUCCCACCUGUGUUUGUGGGAUAUUGUUUUGUGUUUGUUGUUUUGUGUUUGUGGGAUAUUGUUUUGUGUUUGUGCACCACGUAGUCACGGUUCGUUGAUCGUUUAUUGAUUUAAUGAUUUACGACAUUUCAAUGGCUCCUUGUGGUUCGGUGAACCAAGCUGGUGUAAUAAGUCACCAUAUCUGACACCUGAAGACUGGUGGAAGCAAACACAGUCUUCUGAUCCACACGAGACUCUGGCUCCAAACCAAUCUGUCCGUAAGAGUUAUUUAAUGUUGAGGAGAGUGAGAGGUCUACAGAUGUCACGCCCUGACCUUAGUUAUCUUUGUUUUCUGUAUUAUUUUGGUUAGGUCAGGGUGUGACAAGGGGUGGUUUGUUGUGUUUUUGUCCUGUCUGGGGUUUUUGUCCUGUCUAGGGUUUUAG